AGGUGAAUUACACACACACACACACACACACACACACACACACACACACACACACACACACACACACACACACACACACACACACACACACACACACACACACACAAGACGUCUAAUCAUGAAUCAUGAUAAGAUAAGGAGCACUGCAAAAUGAAUAGUUCAAGAGUGAUUUCCGUGGGCUGAACUUAACAGCCUCGCUUUGCCUCAUUAAGUAAUGACUUGUGUGAUUGUCGCUGUGGUGGUUGUCAUCAUUGUACGUGCAGCGUAACGAAGCUUUUAUUGUCGGACAACUUGUAGGUACUGAUUUGUACCUGAUGAGAUGGAAAUCGAAGACAGCUAGAGCCAGAUCAAGGUCACUAUGAUAGUGAUGGUGAGUGAUAAAGGGGUAGUAGUAGGCAGAGUAUUUAAUGAUGAAAGAUAUAUUUGUUCUACUCGUACAUCUCUACAAGCCAGAGAAAUUGGCUUGAAAGAAUCAACUUUUGUCGACAACAUUCCUGGAUUCAUGUUAGUUGGAGCUUGGUGGCACCUGUGAUCUCUAAUACCACGAUAUUAGUCUGGAGCGCAUCAUGUCAGCAGACGAGGCUGGAAUGUGUGGAGGCCACCAUUGUCUGGACUCACUCUGAUGCCUCCUCAUCGUCAGUCAGAGGCGGAGACAUGCUCAGUAAUUUGCCUCUAUCAGAUACAACAGCCUCCCACUCAGGGCGGAAGAAGAACCAGGAUAUAUAUUGGUAUGGCUGUGAGGAAGACGCACUCCAUUGCCAGCCUGCGCAGUGCUACCGUACUGACAAGAAGCUGCGUCAGCCGGUCUGGACAUGAGGGUUCCUCUGGUAGCUGAGUUAUGGUCUAGCAAUGCCCUCGUCCUCCUCCUUCUGGCGUUAUCAGUGUUGUCAGAUCCAGACUCAUCUGCAUUCCCAGACGAGGACUUCCUGAACCAUCUGGGUGACAGCAACCCUGGGGACAACUCCAGCAUGGAGUCGCCGCCGCCUGAUUGGUUGCAGCCUGAGAAUCUUUGCCCCUCGCACCCCUUGCUGGAGGACAUCUUCAGCCAGUACACGUCCGUGCCCAGCUUCCUCCUCACUCUGGCACGCCAUGACGCUUGCCAGGGUUUGGAGAUGCACGUGCAUAAUGUGCACCUACAAGACCUCUCCGGAUUUCGGCCGCCCUGGCUAGUGAACGCUGUCAUGGCAGGGGAGUGUCCCUGGCACUUGGUGCGGCGUGAGUUUUUACAUGGCACCCUACCCCCCGCCAUUCUGGAGGUGAGAUGCCUGUGUGACGACCAUCGCUGCUCCCUGCAUGGCGAUUUCAAGUGUAUUUCCGUGAAGCAUCAAGUAAUAGUAUGGAGCACCGAGGCCACGGACAGCAGCCGCUACCAGCCCCGCAUUCUGCAGGUGACUGCAGCCUGCGUGUGUGCCCAGCGACAUGCCCCCGAGGCCAAUUACGCCCUUCCGGAAGAGUGGAAGUAGUGACCUUUCCUGCCUUACAGAUUUCAGUGAGAGGGGCUGAUGAAUAAUUAGUAUUGUUCCUGCCGCCUCUGCUGUGUGUGUGGAGGUCAUCUGUUCCCGCCGAUCCCUGACGCACCCCGCAUGGACUCAGCACCAGUACGAGGCAGCUACGCCUUCAUGGGAGACAUUCUCUUCGUGGUGUCUAGGUGACACUGUAUCCUGCUGCUGUUCAAAAA